AUGAUGCUCCCCACAGGUCUCUGGACCGCCAUUCUCGCCGGCGCUUCUGCAGUCAUUGCUUUGGGCAUCGACUGGCAAGGCAGCAGCAAAUGCAACGGCCAGUCAGCCUGGCAACUCACCGCUAUUCUCAACACCCUCCAAAACAACGACGCCUUCGCCCACAAGUGCCUCAAACUUGCUUGCGUCAACGGCUGUCUUUGCGCUUUUACGCAGAACCUGCCGUCCGGGACACAGCUCACCGCCAACCAGAUCAAGAGCCUCGCCCACGCCAUUAUCAACCACGGACGCAGCACCUGCAGGAGCGCACCGCUGUGGAGUCACAAUGUCGCCCAAGGCCAGCUCACCUUCAAUUACGUCUCAAGCAUAUGCGCCACGUCCCAUCAGUGA